AUGGAUGAAGCCCAGGAACGCUCCAUGGUGAUGACACCUGGCUUUGCAGCAUCACCCUGGGAGAGGCUGCCGGCGGACCCUGCGGAGGAAGCCAGCUGUCACGUCCCCUGUGUCAGAAGCCUGCUCUGUGUGGUGGUGACUGACCAUUGGCUACUUCCCUGGCAUCCUUGCUCUUAUGAAAACAGACCUUCAUUCUGUAAAACCAUUCUCUCUAAAGCAGCAUUGCACCACUUGAAACAGGCAUGGCUUCCUGCAAAGGAUUCUGGGAACUGCAUUUGGUUGAACUGAGCAUUGUUAGGAGACCCCCAUUGCUCUCCGGAAACUACAGUUCCCAGAAUUCCCUGGGAAGAGGGUUUGAUUGUUAAGCCAGUCUGGGAGUUGUAUGUCUGUGAGGAGAACAGGGCAGCCUUACUCUCUUGGUACUGUUAAACUACAGUUCUCAGGAUUCUUUGGGUGAAACCAUGACUGUUUAAUGCUUCAAAAUUAUAGUACACGUGGAACUUUCAUCUGAGUGUUGCCAUUACAGAAUACAGUAGGGAGGAAGAAGGUUGGGGCAAAAAUUGGAAUUGGUUGACAGGGCCUAUCGUCGGUCAGGUGGACAAGGCAAUAUAAUUUCCAUAGCAGCAAAGCCUCAAAUUAUGUAUUGGCUCAAAUCCUAGUUUCAUAUAUAGCUCUUGUCUCUCAGCACAUCAAAGAAACGGAUGAGACGUUAAGAUAAGUGAAGAGAGUGAUUGUCUGCCAUUUACAUUUGGCAAAUAAACAACUGUCAUCCCAGACAAAAGUUAAGUUAAUUUUAAUCCGUGUUCUCUGGGGCCAGGCAUACAUAAAAAGAGCAUUUAAAAAGAGUGGCUUUGCUCAGAACAAGCUGGACAAUUUUUAAUUUAUACAUUUUUAGUAGGGUUUUGUAAUAUAAAGAAAACAAAGCCAUCAUCCUGAUGCUACUGUUUCAUGACAUCCUAAUUGCUGGCUGCCAUGUCAGGAUGUGAUGGAAGUGUGAUCCCAUUUCUGCUUCUGGAGACUACUUAAGAACAGAAGCUGUUUUUCAGGUGACUAUAGUGCUUCAAAAGCUGUCAGCAAUGUACAAACUGAAGCAUAUCCAGCUGGCGUUCAGCACGGUCCCAGUGUGCCGCAGCUGUGAAAACGGUGAAUUCCAUGCUGGGAAUCAUUAGGGGGGGAUUGAAAAUAAAACUCUCGUAAUGUUGCUGUGCAAAUCUGGUGUUGACCCCAUUUUGAAUACUGUGUACAAUCCUAGUCACCUCACUUCAAAAAAUAUUGUAGAGUUGGGAGUAUGUUCUGUUAAGGAAAAUUCUGUAAUUUCCGUAACAGUUCAGAAAGGGGUAGCCAAAAUAAGAGUGGAGUAACCCCCCUGUGAAGAAGGGUGAUAGCACUUGGGGCCUAUUAUUGUUAUUACUACUACUAUGACUUAUUUAUUAAAUUUGUAUACUGCCCUUCCUCUAUAGAUGUCAGGGCAGUUCACAGCAUAAAAAUGCAAUAUAGAAAUGCAAUAUACAUAAUUAAAAAAACCAAAACAAUUUCCUCCUCUCCCAACCCCAUCCCACAAACACAUUUAAAAGGAUAUAUGAUGUUAGCCAAAAGCCUGGUUGAAGAGGAAUGUUUUUGCCUGGCACUUAAAGGUCUAUAAUGAAGGCACCAGAGGAACCUACCUGGGGAGAGAGCAUUCCACAAACAGGGAGCCACUGCAGAGAAGGCCGGUUCUCAUGUUGCCACCGUCCAGACCUCAUGGAGGAGGCACACAAAGAAGGGCCUCACAUGGUGAUUGGGGGUCUGGGUCAGUUUAUAUCUGGAGGGGCAGUCCUUGAAGUAUUGCAGGCAGUCCUGAGCCAUUUAAGGCUUUAAGAUGUUAAAACCACCACAUGUAACUGGGCCCGGAAGCAAAUUGGCAGCCAGUCCAGUCAGGAUGUAAUAUGCUCAACAUCUUGCCCCGGUGAGCAGCCUGGCUGCCGAAUUCUGCACCAGCUGAAGUUUCCAAACCAUCUUCAGAGGCAGCCCCACGUAUAACAUUUUGAGAAAAAGCAAGUAAGAGUUGGCAUGAUGGAAGUUCAUAAAUUCUGCAUAUCAUAGGGAAAGUGGAUAGAGAAAAGUUUUUGUCUCAAAACACUGGUACCUGUGGACAGCAAAUGCACCUGAAUGUUGGAAGUUAAACUAUGGAAGUCACUCCCACAGAAAUCAGUGAUGGACACCAACUUGGACGGCCUUUAAAUAGGAUUAGACAAAUUCCUGUAGCAUAAGGCUAGCUAUGAAGACUGUUGGGCCUACAUGGUUGGGGGCAGUAAUGCUUCUCAGUACAAGUUGAUGGAAACCCCAGGAGGAGAGACAGCUCUUGUCCUCCGGUUCUGCUUGUGGGUUCCCAACAGGCAUCUAGCUGGCCAAACCUCUGUGCACUUUAGAACCAGAUAGCUUCAUUCAAGGAAUUCAAAUGCUAAGGCAAUGAAACACAGUAUAAGAAAGAAUUUAAAAUCAACGUUCUUGUUUAAAGGGGACAUGCCCCGGACCACCUGAACAAAGCUUGUGGACCAAGCCACCAGCGUGACUUGUCAUAAGGCCUAUGAAAAGGAAGGCAUGCUCUGUUUUCAGCUGAGGGUUGUGCAGGUGCCAUUUGAAGCAUCAACUAUCCCAGAGAAGAGGUGGAGGUUAGGACCCAGUGGAGCUGCCUGCCUCUUUCCCAGCUGGGUCACUCCAGCCAUUUGUCUUCAGUGCUGUCAGCAAGUUAUACAGGGCUUUGUGUGAGGCAUGUACCGAGCUUACCAGCCUCUCCUACCAGCAACCAACAGGUACCUGCAGGAGAAAUGGGACAAAGCCAGUUAUCAGGAGCACUGCAGGAAGGUACACUAUAGACUACAAAAGGGAUGUUGUUGGGGUGUCUUAUUACAGCUGGCAUAUUCCUCACUUGUACCCCCAAAGCAAACUGUAGGGAGUGGGGUGGGGUGGUGGGCAGGUGCACAGGUAAAGACUUUUAAGGAAGAGAACCUGUGGGCACUUGAGAUGCUGUUAAGACUACAGCUCCCAUCAUCCCUGAACAUUGGCCAUACUCACUGGGGGGUUGAUGGGAGGUGGUGUCCAACAACAUAUGGAGAGCCAUCUGUUUUAGAGGAUACUUUACAGCAGGUGUAAAUGUAGAAGAGACAGCUCUCUCCUCCCCUUGCAGGAAGGGAUGCCUCUUGGAAGAUAGAGCUCUCCAUCAGCAGUAUUUACAAUAACUUGUACUUCAUUAAAAUAAUAAAAUAAAGUGGUUUAAAUCUGCUGCUCAGUUACUUGGGGACAUGUUUUACUUGAUAAUAAAAUUAUUAAAUGUUGCAGCCUUAUCAUUAUGCUUUCUUCUGUUCCACUUCUCCUUUAGAAAGGUCAGAGUGGCUUAUAUCACCAGACUCUCACCCUGGGUCUCAGGAAGCUGGACUUGGAUGAAAACAAUUUCAAAUGCCUAAAAAACAUCUUCCAAGAUGAUGUUUUUACUCCCCAUGGCAGGGUGAAAUUUAAUAGCCCCAGAAUGAGUCAUUCAUGGGUUUUGUUGCUGUUUGUACCUAAACGCUGCAGGAGAAUCCCCAGCAGUUCCAAACAGGACUGGGAGAAGAUUCCUGUUUGAAGCCAUUCCCUGACAGUUUGGGUAAUACCAAUGUUCUAGUUACUUGACAUAACACAGCUUCCUGUCAUCCUAUCUUUGAGCCUGAUUUGCUGACAUGAUAGAUCUGGGAGUCUUGUUAAAAUAUUUAAUUGUAGCCAUGUCUAGCUCUUGUGAGCUGUAACAAUGCUGUCAUCAUAUCUAAACUGACCGGUCAAAGAAAUACAAGAAACAGUGUGAAUCCAGAUCAUUAGCUUCAGAUAGUCCUGACACUCUCUCAACCUUGCAGGUGGAACUAGCAGUUCCUGUGAUCAACACAAAAGCCCCACCUACACCUUUGCAUCUUCAGGUGAAUUUGAAGAAACUCCAGGUAUUGUGGAAUGGACUGAACUGGAUGCUCAAUGUGGGCUUGUUUAUGCAGUCACAAUUCAGAAGUUUAUAUCCAAGAGGGUUGGGGAUAUCCUGGGAUAACUGCCCCUUGCAUAUGAAAGGUGAAUGAAAGGUGGUCUUCUGCACUCCAGAACUGAAUGCAAUUGUUGGGCUCACAUAUUUUUGGCUCAGCCAAACAAAUCUCCAGAUGGAAAAUUAAAUUGCCAUCAGCCUCUCAUGUUGUGUGUUUUCAGCUGGAAAGAGAACGCCAAGCUGUUCGGGACCAGGAAAACCGCUCACAUUCUGCCAGACUUUGGCAUAUCAAGCAGUCGCCGGGACGGGUGGACAACUGGAACUUCUAUUGCAUCCACAGGUCUGUAAGUAGUGGGUUUAAAUUAGGCAUGGGCAACUAGUGGCCCUCAGACAAGUAUUGUGGGUGGGUGGGCGGACAAGAAAGAGGGAAUGGGGUGGGUGAGAGGAGGACGAGGAUAAGGACACGUCUUGCACACCUAUAGCCCUGUCUCUGCCCACCAUCAGCAUGUGGUCCCUGGCAGGUGACCCAUGAGAAAAUGGAGUCCUUGACAAAAGAAAAAGUUUCCCGAACCCUGGUUUAAACAGUGACUAGGGCAGGUUCAGCAGAGAUGCCAGAGAGAUCCAAGUUCUAGUCUGAUGGUGGGAGGGAAAAUACAGUGGUACCUCGGGUUAAGAACUUAAUUCGUUCUGGAGGUCCGUUCUUAACCUGAAACUGUUCUUAACCUGAAGCACUACUUUAGCUAAUGGGGCCUCCUGCUGCCGCUGUGCCACCGGAGCACGAUUUCUGUUCUUGUCCUGAAGCAAAGUUCUUAACCUAAGUUACUAUUUCUGGGUUAGCGGAGUCUGUAACUUGAAGCGUCUGUAACCUGAAGUGUCUGUAACCCAAGGUACCACUGUAAUGCCAAAGGCAUGGGUAGGCAAGCUAAGGCCCAGAGGCCAGAUACGGCCCAAUUGCCUUCUCAAUCCGGCCCACGGACGGUCCGGGAAUCAGCGUGUUUUUACAUGAGUAGAAUGUGUCCUUUUAUUUAAGAUGCAUCUCUGGGUUAUUUGUGGGGCAUAGGAAUUCAUUCAUAUAUUUUUUCAAAAUAUAGCCUGACCCCCACACAAGGUCUGAGGGACAGUGGACCGGCCCCCUGCUGAAAAAGUUUGCUGAUCCCUGGCCAAAGGGCACCUCCUGACAUCAAUAAGCUAUUUCCAGGAAGGGGGUGGAGCCAAAUGCAAUCUGAAUUCAGAUCAUUUGGGGCUGGCUGUGGCUCAAAGGGGGCCAGGACGCGAUGCAAUAAACCUAGAUCUAGAACAAAGGGUUUCAAGAUGGAAUGAGGAAGCUGUGGAUCUCUGUACGCUUUUGGACUCAAACUCCCAUCAUCGCUGGCCAUUGGCUAUGUUGGCAGGGGCUGAUGAGAGUUGGAGUCCUACAAGCUCUGAAGGUCCACAGCUCCUCCUCUCCUUCUUUAAAAUAAGACCACCCCCUCCCCUGUGAUCUGCUCUUCCCCGUACAGCUUGAAUUGGGGGAAGCGGCAACGCGAUCUUGCACACAUCUACUGGGAGAACCAAGAGCUGGCGAAGCGUCUGGAAGGAAGGAGGUCAGAACUUGCUCAGGAACGCUGGCAGCAAGACUGGCACAAGGAGCAGCUAAUCCGUAGCAGCAUUGCCCGCUAUCCCCGGGAGACAGUGAGCUGCCAGGUAGUAAGAGUUGGAUUUGCACCGGUCGUGGAAAGUGGAAGGAGGAAAAUCCAUCUACAGUCCCCUCCUUUUAAUAGACACUAGCCUAGGGGCUGCCAACACAACCCUGUGCCCACCAAUACUUGUUUAUUUAUUUCUAUUUAUUUUAAGAGUUCUAACUCGCGCUUUCAUAAAAUAUAUCGAGGUGGCUUACAACAUAAAAUGCAGGAAGAUCAAUCAAUAAAUAUCUGCAAAACACAAUUGAAACAGCAAUAGAUUAAAAAGAAAAAAUAUUCUGAAGACCUGCCUAAAACAAUUCAGCUUUAAAAUAAGGCAGGGGCAUUUCCUGCCUAACCUCUACAGGUAGUGAGUUUCACAGGGCAGGGGCUGCCAUGCUAAAGGCUUGGUCCCUAGUGAAGGCCAACCAAAACUCAGGGUUGCGGGGAAUCGCCUGAAUUGCCCCAUCAGAGGAUCCCAGUGAUCAAGGUCAUGUAUUAGCGAUGUAGAUCUUGGAUUUUCUCCCCCAACUCUUGUGGCCAGCGUGCUUUUUAUUACUAUAAAUAACACAUAUCAGAUUGAAAUGGUUGCCCCACCCCAGAAUGUAAGAUUAGAAGAAGGCCAAUCUAUUGUUUCAAUUUCAUGUUUAGUUCUAUUUGUGCUGGUCUGCGGCCAUCUUAAAAUUUUCCUUGAUUUGGUUUCUGCACCCAUGCAUUACUCCAUUACAAACUAGGAGUUCACCAUCACAGUGACAUGAAUUUAUGGUAAAAUAAAUAAAUAAAUGAAAUAAUUGUCCAGUAGCACCUUAAAAAGGUAAAGGUACCCCUGCCCGUACAGGCCAGUCGUGUCCGACUCUAGGGUUGUGCGCCCAUCUCACUUAAGAGGCCGGGGGCCAGCGCUGUCCGCAGACACUUCCGGGUCACGUGGCCAGCGUGACAAGCUGCAUCUGGCGAGCCAGCGCAGCACACGGAAACGCCGUUUACCUUCCCGCUAGUAAGCGGUCCCUAUUUAUCUACUUGCACCCGGGGGUGCUUUCGAACUGCUAGGUUGGCAGGCGCUGGGACCGAGCAACGGGAGCGCACCCCGCCUUAGAGACCAACUAAGUUUGUUCUGGGUACAAGCUUUUGUGUGCAUGCACACUUCUUCAGAUACGAUACUUGAAUCUAUGAAUUUAAAGAUGAGUUAAAAGUAUAUUAAGGGUGUGGUAACUUAAUAUACAUUGUUAGGCAAUGUGUAAACAUCUACAGCAAGAGAACACGCCACUUAUGUUUUUGUCUUAGUGCCAAUGUGGCAAUGCUCUCAUUAUGGGAUACUCCAGUUCUGGGUCCUGAAAAGAUACACGCGUAUGUACUUUGAGUAGUCUCAGAACAGAAGUUGGCUGUUGAACUCAUGAUCAACCUUUACUAAAUAGCAAAACCAAAUAGUAAAUUAACAAUGUCACAGCAGCAAUUAAAUGGCAGGAGUGGGAAGGUAUAAUUAACAGGAUCACUGCACCUCGUUCUUUAUCACACUGACAUACCAUUCAUUUUCAAUCAGUUAUUUAUUAUGAUUAAGUUAGAUACUGCUUUGGUGCAAAAAGGGCUCUGUUCCCUGCAUGGCUGUGGUGGGAAUGCCCCAAAAGUGGAUGGAUGGGACCAAAGUGUGCUUAGAGCCGGCAAUUAAUUGGCGGAGCAAAGCUGAAUAAUGCAACUCUGAAGUUACAGCAAAACUUUGACAGCAACACACUGCUCUUCCUCACCACCAAGGUAGUUAGUUUUCUUUGGUGGCAGUGAAAACUUCAGUCCAUUUAUAAAACUAGCCCACCGUUUCUGUCUCAUCUGCACACCUAAGAAGUGCCUAACCAUCAGCAUUGUGUUUCCCAGGCAAGGAAUAGGAGAAGGAGGCAGGCAUGCCAGAACAACCAUAUUCCCCUUUCAGCCUCUGGCAGGAGAAACCCCAGCAUAAACCCCAGCAGGACCCGUGAACCUUUCAGCAGCAAGAAUCACAGCAGAAUGGGCAAGAGCUUUUGGGGAAGUGAGAGUGAGUCCACCCAAGAAGAGGAGAUAACAACCACCAAAUGCUCACCUUCCUCUUUGGGAAAAAGAGAUCUGGCCGGGCAACUCAGCAAAGAGACUUCUCUGCUGGCCAAGAUUGCAUCUGGAGGCUUCUGCCAUAGACAUGUUGAUGGUUCCUUGGUCAGGACGGAUUUGGCAGGGGGAGGUGCUCUUGAAAAGCCCAGAGGUGAAGCAAUGAUGAUCAGCAGCAAACCUCGCACCUCUGUAUGCUUAAGGGGGAACCUCGGACCUUUGGAGACCAGCCUGAUGCCUGCUUCAGGGGACACGGAGAAGAAGGCAGCAUUUUCAUCCACUAAAAACAUUUAA